GGAGUUGCUUUCUUUAGCUCCUGAUUCAGGAACUGACCCCGUUAGUCGUUGGUCCACGGAAACUUUUUGGUGCUGCACGUGGAGGGGUGCCACGCUUUUAAUAGAUCCACGGUUUAACACCGGGGGAGUAACACGGGGGUUUUAUCAUGGCCAAAGUGAGCAGCGGCUCCUCGAGUUGUCGGGUGAUGGUCAUUGCGGGGAAGUACCUGUCGAGCCCAGGUCCUCUGGCGUUAACCCGGACAUCUGGCUCCCGGCAGCGAGACUUGUCCGGAGCUCAGCGGCGACGGGCGAGCUCCGACACCGCGGGGAGCAAAAAAACUACGGCCUCAGGGCACGAACCGCUGGGGCUAUUUUCAGCCACAGACCGACACCUGCCGGCCAAACGGAAUCUCAUUUACCGGGACGUCAAAGCCUUCCUCAGUGAAGUCGGGGGGGACCCGCGGGAGGCCCGGUACUGGCUGACCCAGUUCCAGAGAGCCUCGUCGUCUCAGUCUCCUGCCUUUGCCGUGCUGGAGGUGGACAGCUCUGUGUUUGAGCGCAGAGACAUGGUCCAGAGCCUGGCGUUUGGACUGUCCUUUCUGCAGCGGAUGGACAUGAAACCGGUGGUGGUGAUGGGAUGGUCUGGCUGUUGGGACAGUGACCCUCAAAGCAGCAGGACUCUUGUGGAGCACAGCCAGCAGCUCACAGAGGCUCUUCACCUGCACUCAGCCUCUGUCCUGCCCUUCUUCUCUGCACAAACCAUCCUACUACAGCGAGGAGCCCAAUCUCCACCAGCCAUUGCUGUGGACACGAGCCUUCUGCAGUGGAGUCUGGACUGUGGGCUCAUCCCCAUAGUGUGCCCAGUGGGGAGAGACGAGCAGCAGCACUCUAUCAUGAUGGACUCAACUGAAGUGACCGCAGCUAUCUCCAGAGCUCUGCAGCCACACAAAGUCAUGUUUCUCAACAAGUGUGGAGGGCUACGGUGCCACCAACACAAGGUGUUGGGCUCAGUGUCUCUGCCCGGGGACCUCCCAGCGCUCUCCACUGCAGAAUGGCUGAUGGACGUGGAGCGGCGCAGGGUCACAUCUAUAGCCACACUACUUAAUCAUCUGCCCAGCGAGUCGUCUGCGGUCAUCACAUCUGCAGACACACUGCUGACCGAGCUGUUCAGCCACAAAGGAUCAGGAACACUGUUUAAAAAUGGAGACCCUAUACACAGGUACACUUCGUUGGAUGAAAUUGAUGUGGAACGUUUGCUGGUACUCAUCAACAAGUCAUUUGAAAAAACAUUAAACCAAGAUUAUAUCGCGUCAUUGAAAGGACGUCUGCAUACAGUCUAUCUCUCGGAAGGGUGUGUAGAAUCACUGCUUUGUCUUCAUUCUUUCUGUAUACUGCUCAUAAUGCAUUGUAACAGCAAAAAGUUAUCUAAACAACAUUAUAGACUGACCAGUGUACUGAACCUGUAUUUUGUAUUUCAAUCUAUGAAGAGUCUCUACUAAGACAAUCUAGCAGCCUCACAUUGCAGGUGCUUCCUAUGAGCCAGACCCGAUUUUGGGUGAGAUUUGCUUCUCCCUGAGCUUGGAGAGGCGUGACCCGACUUUGUGUCC